AUACUACUAUUAGAAAAAAGACAAAAAGAAAUAUGUGAAUAUGAAAUGUUCCUAAAACCCAGAAAUAUAUUUAGCUCCAAUUCCAAUAUCUCUAUAUUUAACUUUUCGACCGUUCACUUGUGUUGUGGAACUUUGUACUUACUUCAACAAAAUCUCUCUUCAUCUUCUUUCUGAUACGUAUGAGCUUUAGCCAUGGAGAAAACAAAAGUGAAUGCAUUUUCUCCAGAUACAGUUCUUGAAGACUUUUUGAGGACAGCAGAAUCUGAAUCAGACUCUUCGAAAGCCAGCACAUCGGAAUUUGAUGGCUCGAAAAAUCAAAGAUCUAGUUCGAGAUGGACUGGUUUUCUCGAGCUAUUUAGAAGUAAAUCGAAAGGACAUAUGACGAAAGAUCCUUUAAUUAGUUCUCUGAAACUGUCCAAAAGGUUCAGCAGAAGCAUGAGAGAGACAAGUAGCGGUGACAUGCCAAAUUCUAUCCUGGAUAAUGGUUUGAGCUAUUUCAAACCUCAAUGGAAACUUUUCACCCUCUCUGAGCUUCAAACUGCAACCAAUUAUUUUCACCAAGAAAAUUUGAUAGGAAAGGGUGGUUAUGCUGAAGUUCAUAAAGGACGGUUACGAAAUGGCCAGUUUAUCGCGGUUAAGCGGCUGACAAGGGGACCACAAGAUGAGAGAAUAGGGGAUUUCUUAUCUGAGCUAGGUAUAAUGGCUCAUAUCAAUCAUCCAAACACUGCUAAAUUGAUCGGUUAUGCCGUUGAUGGAGGACUCUUUCUUGUGCUUGAGCUAUCUCCUUAUGGAAGUUUGACCAAUAUGUUGCAUGCAUCGAAGCAGAAACUAGAAUGGAAAAUCCGGUAUAAGGUAGCAAUAGGGAUAGCUAAAGGGAUAUUGUAUCUUCAUGAGGGUGGGCAAAGAAGGAUUAUCCAUAGAGAUAUUAAGGCAGCAAAUAUAUUGCUCACGAAGGACCUCGAACCUCAGAUAUGUGAUUUUGGGCUAGCAAAAUGGUUACCAGAGCGAUGGACUCACCUCACUGUAGGAAAAUUCGAAGGAACAUUCGGCUAUCUUGCUCCCGAGUUCUUAAUGCAUGGCAUAGUGGAUGAAAAAACUGAUGUUUUUGCUUUUGGAGUGCUUCUUUUGGAACUUAUUACUGGACGUCGAGCCCUUGAUUACUCACAGCAAAGCCUCGUCAUUUGGGCUAAACCCCUGCUGAAGAAGAACAGAAUCAGAGAACUCGCUGAUCCUUCACUUGUGGAUGACUACAACCUACUACAGAUGAACCUCAUGGUCUUAGCUGCUUCUUUAUGUGUGCAGCAGUCUUCAAUUAAGCGACCCCGAAUAAAUCAGAUUCUUCAGCUUCUAAGAGGCAACAGUGAAAGCCGGGAUAUAAUCAUGAGAAUUAGAAAACCAUCACAUUGGAAGAGGUAUUAUGAAGAACUCUUUAACGCUGAAGAAAACAAAACGACUAGAGGGUUGAGCGGUUUAAGUCUGCAGGAACAAAUAGCAUUGGAAGUCUCUUUAAGAUAGUGUGAUGAAUCGAGUUCGAGGCACAAAUGCUUGUUUUGUUUGUUAAAACUGACAAACAUCUUCUUGAAGAGAUGAAGGAAUUGAUUUCAGUCGGUUUCUCCAUCGUAAUUAUGGUACAACACAAAGUUGCACACUGGAUCAAUGCUUAUGUUGGUACGUGGAGGCGGAUUUAGGACUGAACCCAAGUUGAACCUAUUACUUUUGGAUCAAACCAUGUGUAUAUAUAUAUCGAUAUAAUAAGAAUACGCUCAUUUUGAACUUAGUGACUUUUUAAGUCUUGGAUUUGUCUCUGUUGGUACCUACCUCGAGAAAAGAAGCAUAUAGCAAGAAAAAAGCGCGAUGGAUCUUUGUGCAAUGCAUUAGUGUGGGGAGAUCAAGCAAAUAAAAUCAUUGAGAUGCAGGAUUUUUUUUUAGUUUUUAUGACAUGUAAAUGCUUACUAUAAUCAGAGAUUUAUAGAGUAUAUUGUAUUGAAAUUAUUUGUUAAAUUUUGGUAGUUCUCUA